CUUAUAACUACUCACUAGUCGCCUUGCGCAAGAUCUUCAACUUCUCUCUUCCGCCAUAAACGACUGCCGGGAUGAGUCAAGAUAGUGAAGCUCCUACGAAAAACGGCGUGGGCGAAGCAACUCCUCCGUUUGUAUCCACCAUUCCUGAGCUCAAAUCAUGGUCAGAUAGUGAGAGUGAUUUGGAGUCUGAUUCCGGCGAUGACGCCGGUGUCAAUGCUGAAGCUGGCGCUCCCGUCCAACAGAAGAGCGUCACGGUUCUACUUAUGGGCCAGACUGGAACCGGAAAGUCAUCAUUCAUAAGGCUUUUGACUGGGAAUAAGGAUGUCAAGAUCGGAAAAAGCAUCGAGCCUGAGACGAGCGAUAUCUCAACCUUUGAUUACGCCCAAAAUGAUGGAUUGGAGGUGUCAUUGGUCGACACCCCUGGUUUUGAUGACAACCGAGCACAUAUGAGCGAUUCAAAACUUCUUCAGGACCUCAUCGAGUUUUUGCUGAAGAGACGCAACGCAAAAACAGUGAAUGGUCUCAUCUAUCUCCACCGCAUCUCCGACGUCCGCUUUGGCGGUACAGCAACUCGCAACCUGCGUAUGUUUUCCCGCCUCUGUGGGCCUGACGCCAUGAAGAACGUCGUCAUCCUCACCACACGAUGGGACGAGACACGACGUGACGUUGCGGAGAAGACGGAGGCCGACCUCACGAACAGCCACUUCAAAGAGUUCGUCAAUAACGGAGCUAAAGUCCUUCGCCACGAUAAUACCGUCGCGUCCGCACGGAACGUCAUAUCGUCCAUCAUGGACCUUCCACCCAUUGGCGAGAUCAAGGUCGUGAAUGAGAUCGUGGGCGGUCGUUCACUAGCAGAAACCGACGCAGGCCGCGAACUUGACAGUCAACUGACCCAACUCAAGACACAACAUGUGGAAGACAUCAACGGGCUUCGCGAGCAGUACAAAGCUGCCCGUUUGGCGCAAGACGAAGAACAGCAGGCGGAGAUCAAGAGGUUGCGGGACGAGCUGCUCGCGAAGCUGGAGAAGGUGGACAAGGACAAGAAGAAUCUAGAGGGCAUGAAGCAAUGGACGUUUGCGUCGCAUGGAGCACAAAUUGGAUUGAACAUCCCUUUCGUGCCCAGCGUUAUCGGCACGAUGGUCGGUGGAGCUGUUGGGGCUGUUGCUGACCACCGCGCGAAGAAGAAGCAGCAGGCCAAAUUGAGACGGACUGAGAGCCAGAGAGCCGCUGCUGGGGGUGCCGGGGUUGUGGAUGAAGCUGAGAAGGAGACUGUGGAGGUGGAGGUGGAGCAAUUGGAGGAUUUGACGUUCAAGGAGCAAGGGGCGCGGAUAGGGAAGAAUAUUCCGUUUGUGCCUAGUGUUAUUGGGUCGCUUGCUGGGGAGGCGUUGGGAACUGUUGCUGAUUAUCGGAAAGGGACGAAGGAUAGGGCCAAGGCGAAACGGGAGUCGGGGCAAACGACUGAUCCGGUUGCUUGGUUUAAGGGUAAACUACCGCUGUAAUAUACUUGCGCUUUGGGAUGGAGCUGUACGAAUAAUACCAUAAUUCGGGCUUCAAGGUCACAAGACGUAACACCUUCUCCAAUUGACCUGUUCAAGCGUUGGGCAGCUUGAAGGAUCACCCUUAUCCUGCUCGCAAAG